AGCUGGGCGUGGGCUCUGUACUCCUCAUCUCCUUUGCUCCGCUCUCACUGUGGAAGCACAUUGUUCUACGCGGGCUCUUCAUACUGAAAACCAGUGAUUCUUUUUUCUGCGUAUUACCUACUGAAAAAUAAAUCAACUACUACAUUGGCAAAUAAAGGAUAUUGAUAACGCGAAGAGACGUUUGGACAGAUCUCAGGAACAUUUUGUUUUUUCAUCUAACUGUGGCAACGGAAUUGAAAGAUUUCUUUCUUCCUCUGCGACUGACGAAACAUCGCUUUUGUCGGUAAUUAGACCUCUGCUCGUUCGUCGCGUUGUGGACGGCAGCGGCAAACAUGACAGAGUAUAAGCUGGUGGUGGUGGGAGCUGGAGGUGUGGGCAAGAGUGCGCUCACCAUCCAGCUCAUCCAGAACCACUUUGUGGACGAAUACGACCCUACUAUAGAGGACUCCUACCGGAAGCAAGUGGUGAUCGACGGGGAGACAUGCUUGCUGGAUAUCCUGGACACUGCAGGUCAGGAGGAGUACAGCGCCAUGAGGGAUCAGUAUAUGAGGACAGGAGAGGGCUUCCUCUGCGUUUUUGCAAUCAACAACACCAAGUCUUUUGAGGACAUUCACCAGUACAGAGAACAGAUCAAGCGUGUGAAAGACUCUGAUGAUGUACCCAUGGUGCUUGUGGGAAACAAAUGUGACCUCCCAGCACGCACAGUGGACACAAGGCAAGCCCAGGAGCUUGCUCGCUCCUACGGCAUCCCUUACAUUGAGACCUCAGCUAAGACACGACAAGGAGUGGAGGAUGCCUUCUACACACUGGUGAGAGAAAUAAGACAGCACAAACUGAGGAAGCUGAACCCACCUGAUGAGAGCGGCCAGGACUGUAUGAGUUGCAGAUGUGUGGUAUCGUGAUGCAGCUCUCCAUUCCAUGUUGAGGAGAAAUGCUGCAGCAUAAAGUCGAAAAGCGAUGGCUAAAACAACCUAAAGAUGACACAUGAACUUUAACUAAAGGAUGAUGACUGAAGUGAAAGCUCAAAGGAAACCAACACGGCUGACUGAACCAUAGACUCUUUUGAAAAAAGAGGAUUUUUUUUGGACUGUUGCCUGAGUGGCUAGCUGAACUGGAUUGGUCCCAUCUCCUAAUUUCUUACCCUUGUUUUUGUUUUGUUUUGUUUUGGUCUGCAUCGACCUGUGAGCGACACCACUAACGACUUGAAACAAGCUGUGUUGCUCCACGUUCCUCUUGCUAACUUAUUGUUUUAAGUCUCGACACUGGUUGUGAAGAGGGGGUGUUUCCUACUCCCUCCCUCUUGCCUUGAAACCUAAUCCCCCUCUCCCUACAGAGCCUCUGGAAGUACUGACGGACUUUCAUUUGGGAAAACAACUGGAAAGAACUUUUACUUUUGUAUUGUCACACUGCAUAAAUAAUCAGCCUCCACACACUCACUCUACCUGUGCUGGGUUUCCUUGGGCGGCUCCUGUUAUUGGACUUUUCUACUGGAGAAAAAAAUAAAAACAAACAUUUUUUUUUUUUUUGUACUAAUUAGUGUAAACUGUAAAGGAAAAGUGUGGAUUUUUGUUGUGAUUGGUAGAUUUGAAAGCCACUGGAACAGUGCUCAUUUCACACGCCGCCUGCUUCGAUAUUUUUAUUGACCUCUCUUGGAAAUGGUAGAAGGUUCUUUUGGGAUAGAUGUGUUGAAGGGAGAUUACUGAAAUGGGUUGAUUUCAAGGAUGCAGCUGCAUUCACUAAUUACAAAUGUCUCAUUGUGAAAUGUCUUUGCAAAAUAAUAAUUGUGACGGCUAGCGUACGUACGUUCUGGUGCAAUAGAACUCCACCCUCCCAACUCCAAGUGUUGGAAAUACACCUCUUCAGACUUCUUCUCUAUUUCAGUUCGGUUUCACAAGGAAAGUUGCGGUGCGUGCAAAACGUGCAAGUUAAUUUUUUAUUUAUUUUUUUCUCCACAUUUCAUUUCAGUAACUGGUGUUUACAGCUCUUACUCAUGAAUGAUUCCUAUUCUCAGACUGCAAGAUUUGCUUCUUUAAAUCAUAAAGGCUCAGGAACCAAGGUCCAGGAAGGGCUCAUCUAACUUGUCCUGGCAGCCAAAGUAAGGUGUGUCAGAAGUUGGUGUUGCAGACUGUUGUAGCGCACAAGUCCUGCCUCAGAGUCCGUCAGUUUUGUUUUUUUUGUUUGUGUUUGUGUUUUUUUUUUGUUUUUUUUUUUUGCCACAAACACACACACACACACCGUUCUAUCCUCAAGUUCCUCUUUCUCUGCCACCUACAGCUCUUUUAAGAGAGCAACAGCAAGUCAGGUGCUUAUUUUAUGAAACCAUAUUUACUGUACAUGUGGGACUAAUGUGUGAAACAGAUGAUGGAUGGUGGGUUACAGGAGUGUGUUGCUUGGACUUUUUUUUUUUUUAUGCUUCUAGGCUUGUGCUCUCCGUAACUAAUUCGUUUGCUGCCUAAAUGAGACUUAUGUGUUUAUUUUGCUUUAUCUUUUAUCUUUUACCUCACGCUUAGCAGCAAGCUCUACCAGAGGUGAUGUUUGCUAUUUUUUUUUUUUGUUGAUUGAUCUGAAAAUAUAUGAUUGUGUUAAACAAAAUCAUGAAAAAAUAAAACACUACAGGUUAUUAUUAUGUUUUGCUCUUCGGUAAUAGAAUCUUUCUGGAUUGGAUAUUUACUUGUUAAAACACAUGACAUAUAUAUAUAAAAAAUAUACAUUCAAAGAAAAUGUACCGGAUUGAUUUAUCAAAUGUGGAAAUAUCUUGACCACUAUCAAGUUUUGAAAUUUGCUUCACUUGUGGAUCUUGGGCAUAUUUUCAGGUUUCAGUGAAUGACUACAGAUUUUACUUGGCUGCAUUUUAUAUUACAUCUGGUCUUAGCUGAUUGUUGUACAGUCAAAACCAGGAAUAUUGACCAGUCUGAUUAUCACGAGGAUUCUGGUGGCCAGUUUGUUUUUAAUUACUUGUUCAUUUCUCCUCCAGAGAAAAGACACAAACUGUGAAUGUGCUUGGGUCUUUUAGAUUUGGUUUGAAAGACACUUUGUGUUAAGAUUAUGGAAAUGAUGUAGGGGAUUAUCAUUGACCCCCACCUUGGGCCGUGUUGUUUAAUUAGGGGGGUGGAAAAAAUAGAGUUUGUAACAUAAAGUUACAGUUGUGGUGAACCCCCCUCCACCCCUUUAUUUUUAUUUUUACAACAGUUCACCUAUAGUAUAAUUAUAGUCUCACAAAUCUAUGCACACAACCCCUUCCACCCCCCAUCACAUUAGAAAAAGCAGCAGCAUGUUGUUGCAAAACUCGGCCAUCAAAUCACCUACAUCAUACGGACUUGUUUAAAGCCUUGGCAAGCAUGACAAAGACUGUAUGGACCAUUGAGAUGGGGCAGGUGAUGGUUUGCACAAAUGUAAUGAGCUCAAAAGCUCAUUUCUCCCCUUGCAAACCGUGGAAUAGAGGCGUGAAAGAAUUUUGUGAAAAUGUCAGCUGUGUAGCUAUUUAAAAUGUAUUUACUCUUUAAAAACAAUGUGGCAAAUGUAUUGCAGGACAAGAAUAAAGAUGUCAAGAUGAAUCUUUC